GGAGGCGUUCGGCGGAGCCUGGGAGAGGAGAGGGCAGGCGGGGUGCUCGGUGUUCGGGCCGUGACGGGAUUGUGGAGGUGCCGGCCGGUAGGCCGGGUGAGGAAGAUGGCGAUAUCGCGGGGUCUGUGGUGCUGUCAGCGGAUAUUGGCCUGGAUUCCGGUGCUCAUCAUAACCAUGGUCGUGCUGUGGUCUUACUACGCCUAUGUGUUCGAGCUGUGUGUGUUUACUGUCCAGAAUGGGUUUGAGAAAGCUACGUAUCUUGUGGUAUUUCACUUAUUUUUUGUGAUGUUUGUAUGGACCUAUUGCAAAGCUAUUUUCACAGUACCAGCUUCACCCUCCCGAAAGUUCCAAUUGAGCAGAGCUGAUAAAGAAAAGUAUGAGCGAGAAGAAAGGCCUGAAGUACAAAAGCAAAUUCUCUUGGAUGCUGCUAAAAGGUUACCAGUGUACACCAGGACUGCAGCUGGAGCCAUCCGAUACUGUGACCGAUGUCAACUGAUUAAACCUGACCGCUGCCAUCACUGCUCCAUCUGUGAUACAUGUGUGUUGAAAAUGGAUCAUCAUUGUCCAUGGGUGAAUAACUGUAUUGGAUUUUCAAACUACAAAUUUUUUCUUCUUUUUUUGGGGUAUUCCAUGCUGUAUUGUUUGUUUGUUGCUGCCACUGUUCUACGAUACUUCAUCAUGUUUUGGACGGGUGGUCUGUCUGACGGUCGUGCAAAAUUUCAUGUACUGUUUCUUCUGUUCGUGGCUGUAAUGUUCUUCCUCAGCCUGAUGUUUCUCCUUGGUUACCAUUGUUGGCUGGUCAGUUUGAACAGAUCUACAUUAGAGGCCUUUUCUGCACCAGUAUUUCAGCACGGUGCUGAUAAAAAUGGUUUUAACCUUGGUGUGUGGAAAAAUUUGACACAAGUAUUUGGACCAAAAAAGAAGUACUGGCUGCUUCCUAUCUUUACCAGUAUUGGUGAUGGGCAUUCCUUCUCCAUGAAAUCACAGUCAGAGAGUCACAAUCCAUUACUGUCCAACGAAGAGCACUGGGACGAGGGUGAAUCAGAUGUUGAAUACUCAGCAACUACAAGUGGCACUACCUCUGUGACUGUUGAAAUGGAGUCUUAGCUGACCCCUGAUGCCCUUUUAGCAUUCACAGAUCACUCCCAGAGAUUGCUAUAUUAUCUGAAGUGUGAACAAGAGAACCAAAGAUCUUUGAGGGUCUUCAACAUAGAAAACGGAAAUGAAGAUUACAUACCUACACCAGGCAACCUCCUGAAGAUUUUUUUCAGUAGAUAAUGUACAUUCAGGCUUUGGUUCACAAACAACUUCACUUCCUUGCUGUGGGAGGGAAAUGCUGUAAAUUUACUUACAACUGGAUACCCACAAAUAUGAACUUUUGUGUAAAUAAUGUGUGUUUGAAUGAGGCUGUAUCACAGAUAGCUAAAACCAACAUUGGGUUUAAUUUAACAUUGACACGCCACGUUUAACUCAUUAGGGCGAAAUGCUAAACAAAAGUGUUCCUUGCAUUAAUAUUGCACAAGUAAAGUACAAAUAUAAAACUGUCAAAUUGCAAAAGAACUGCACCGUCUGUUCAACCAUGUGUUCGAACGAAAAAGCAGGAGAUUGACUGUUUACUAUGUUUAUAUGAAUUAAGUCAUUACAAACCAGGUCAUUUUUUAAACAAAUGUUUUUUUUUCAUUUUUUUAAAUAUGUUAAGGAGAUUCUUAAAUUUAGCUAGUUUUUUUGAUAUGUUUGUAAUGUGAUGUACAUAUUUUUAAACUGCCCUCAAAACUAAAUACAAUAAAAUUACUCCAAUAAGGGACCAAAGAUUUGUAAAGCAGUAUCUGCUCAAAAGUUUGAGUCACUCUCUAACCGAAGGAAAGUUACCUGUUAUUUAGUGUGCUCAUGCCAAUGCUAAGCUUUAUAGCACAGCAAAUAAUCUGGUUCUUGUUGUCAUUCCAUGAAGGUAUGAUUUCCUUUUACCUGGAACCUUAGUCUUGAGCAAAGGAACAAUGACCAAAAAUCUACAGUAAAAGAAACAGUUCAUUAACUUUGUGGCAAAAUUCCACCCUAAAAUGUCAUCUUGCACUUUCUCCCUGUGCCAACUCUCAUAGGAAAAGUCGGUGUUUGCAGUUUGAUACUUAUUUGUGUUAUAUUUCAAAAAGUAUCUUUAAAUUCAGGGAAGAAAUUAACUGUGAAAAAAUCAGCAUGUAAAUCUCCCUUAAAAACUAUAAGCCAUAAGAGCAGGUUGGCUGCCUCCAAGUGCACAAAUUCACCAAUGAUUAGUGAAUAAAACCAUGAGAACUUUGUAACAUCUUUUCCGGAUGUGUUCUCAUCAUGUGGCUUUUGAAUUUCCUAAUUUUGAUGUGGAGAUUUCUUAUCUUGGGUAACGGUUCUGUUUCCAAAGUGCUGAGGAGAAUGCAGAACAAGCUGCUUGAAGUAGAGGACAAUGAGUCAUGGCUUUCAUCAUUUCCAGCAACAUUAAGGAAUAACUGCUGCUAGGUUCAAGGAUAUUAAUCUAUAAAGAAGAAAAUACUGUAGGCCUCAAUGUUUUUUAAAAAAAUGGAAUUUUGAAGUAUUAAAGCAUUACGUAGCUUCCAUCUUUGGCAUGCAACCAAAUUGAAAAUGUUUUUUUAAUAUCAGUGGGUUUAGUGAAACACUUUCUAGUAUUAAAAUGUUGUUCUUACAAGAAUGACAGGCAUUAAAAACAUUUGCCCAGCCAUCACUUAUUAUGAGACCAUUCAAACAACUUUCAAUGAUUUUCCUUUUAUAUUUGUCCAUGUUUUCUCUCAACCAACACCUACAUCAGACAGUUUUGUCAUUUUGUUUUAUUGUAUAUUGUGAGGUCCUAUUGUGUGCAAAUUAUCUGUGCAUUUCUUACAACAGUGACGGCACUUCAAGAGCACUUCAUUGUCUGUAAGGAAUUUUGGGAUGUCCUAUGGUUAUGAAAGGCUCUGUGUGAACGUAAUUGUGAUCUUUAUUUUCCUUUUUUAAUGCCUGUUUUGAUUAAACCAAAUUAAAGGAUUCAUUUUGGACUACCAGGAGUGUAAUAGACAUGAUUCUGAACACCUUGUAUAUUUUUAAAGGAAUGCUGUAAAACUGUUACCUGUCAUGAACACACUUACUCUCUGACUGUAUGAUGCAAAGGUAUUUAGGAAUGUGAUGCAGUUGUGAUGCAAGGAAAUUGGAUUUCAAAUAAGAAUCUGUCUAUAUUAAAAUAGGAAUUGGAUAGUUUGCUGUCCAGUUUAACACAACUGUGAGAUUGUUAAGAUCAGACUGCUGCUGCAGCUGUGCACAGUUUAUUUUUGUCAGAAUCUAUUGGAUGAAUUGUUCCAUUUUUAUUUUUGGUCACAUUGUGAAUAUAUUAAAGAGCUUUCUUGUCAUCGGCUAAACCCUUUAUGAUAAACCAAUCAGUGACUUAAUUGCAAGUGUUGAAAUAGUUACGUUGUAAAUAUUCAGUUGGUUUUUAAGUAGAUAAAUGACAAAUGUAGAAAUUGAAACUGAUUUUCACAACAGUAUUUUUUCAAAGUGCAGGUUUAGCAAAGUGGAAGCAAUUAUGAGGCUUAUCUGUUUGAUAAGCCUGAAAUUUUCUUUUUAUAAUGUGACACCUAUGCAAUGUAUACAUGAUUUCUAGAACCGAGAAUUGAAAAACCUGAUCCCUGCUGUGUAAGCAGCUUUGAUAUAUGCGCCAAGCCUUUGCAAGUUUGACUUUUAACUUCAACACUUUAUUUAAACACAAGGCUAACAGAUUGACUUACACUAGAAUCCAUUUUUUAAAAGGUGGUGUUGCAAUGUAAAGAUAGGCACAUGUCCUGUAAUACACUUUUCUGAAAACUGCACUGUUAUACAUGUACUACAGAAUAUUCCAGCAUGCAUUAAUAUCUGUUGCCUUGUAAUCACAUUUUAAUUUUUUUUAGUUAUAUGAUGAGUAACUCUGUUUUUAUUAGAGUAACCUUUUAGUGACAUUCUCAAUUUAAUGUUAGUUUCAACAAGUUCACACAGAAACAUAGUCUUAGGGGAACUAGGUUGUUGAAAAUAAUUUUAAUAUAAUAGAAAACAUUCACGCAGUCCUGAUCCCCCUUUGCUGCAGCAGAAGUAACUGGUGUUCUUGCUAAAUCCUUGUACAGAACUUUGCAAUUAAUAGACUCAUCUGGUAACAAGCAGAAAAUAUUGCAUAGGUUUGUUUUUUAAAAUUUGCACUAGAGAUUUUUGAAGGUGGAGGAAGAUAAUCGUAAAUUAUCCUGAUUUGCAUUUUGGGAUAGAUAAUUUGGUCUGAAUUUUGAACAAUUGUAUUUACAUAGAUUGCUGUGUUUAUGUGCCAACGUAUGUGGAACAUUUGACCUUUAUUGCGGUUCAUCUUGACUUUCUGUCUCAAUAUGAUUCAAAAGGAACAACAAGUUAAAAAGCAUGCUGUAAUGAGAGAACUAUCCAGACUUAGGAAAUGGCUUUUGAAAGGUUAUGUGGAGAAAUGGAAGGGAACAUAAAAUUCCUAUUUCCACUUACAGGCUUGACUUACAGUGAUGAUGAAGAGCUUUCAUCAAUUUUUCCAAUGCUAAUAAAGCAUUCAAUUAAAUAUUUUUUGAAUAUAAAUAGUUAAUACAAUUGUCUUAAUAAAAGCAUAAUUAUUCAUAGGUUAAUGUAAUCACUCUUUCAUUUGGUGACUAAUAUAAUCCAAUGUGACUUUGUUACUGAUUAAUUGUCUGGUAACUUUCAGAUAUUCUUUCCAUAUCACAGAGCUAUCAGAGGCCAUCCCUUGCAAAUUAAACUGGAACAGAAUGAUGUCAUGCUGAGCAGGGAGGAGGCAUUAAUUGUGACUAUACAUACUUUCCGAGUGUUUUUAUGAAGUGAAACAGAAGUGGAUUUAGAAUACAACGGAUUAGAAAGCCCUUAAAUUCAUGUGCCUAUUUCUUAUUCAUUGGUUUCCAUGCUAUUUUAUAGAUAACGAUAACUUGGACAAGGCUGGAAUAUAUAUUUGGUCUGUGGUGAGAGUAAUAAAAUUCUGCCUUUUUAAUAACUUGA